AUGAACAAUAUUGUUGAGUAUGAGGCCUACAUCUUGGGAUUAAAGACAGCUCUUGAGCUCGGGAUCAUACAGAUAGAGGUGUUUGGUGACUCCAAUUUGGUGUUGAGACAUAUUCAAGGCCAUUGGAAGACUAGAGAUGUGAAGCUUUGGCCUUACCAUGCAUACUUAGAGCUACUGGUUUGGAGAUUUGAUGAUUUGAGUAAUAAACAUCUGCCUAGAACGCAAAACCAGUUUUUUGAUGUCUUAGCUACUCUAGCUUCCAUGAUUGAUAUUCCUACUGACACCGUUGUUCGCCCUUUACUAAUUGAGUCGAGAUCAGUUCCUGCCUAUUGUUGUUUGAUUGAUGAGGCAGAGUUGGAUGAUGGUUUGCCUUGGUACCAUGACAUAUAUCAGUUUCUGAGACUUGGCAUAUAUCAUGAGGUCACCACGACCAAGGAUAAGAGAGCCUUGAGACAAUUGGUCACUUGA